UUUUGCUAUCUCUCUUUCACUCUCUCUAAAGCUCAGCUACAAAAAUAUAUUCUCUUCUUCAUUUUGGCUUAUGUUUAUUUUGUCUUAUCAAAGAAAGGAAAACACAAAAGGGUAGGUGUCCAUCAUGGACGAUGAUCGGGAGAACAACAAAUUGGUACCUGCAAAGUCCAGGUUCAAAAGGGUCUGCGUCUUUUGUGGGAGUAGCGUCGGCAAGAAGAAUUGCUACCGAGAUGCUGCCGUUGAGCUUGCCGGAGAAUUGGUUUCGAGGAGAUUGGGUCUUGUUUAUGGAGGAGGAAGUAUUGGACUAAUGGGAUUGGUCUCUCGAGGGGUUCACAAUGGAGGUGGACAUGUGAUAGGAAUUAUCCCGAAAACCUUGAUGCGUAAAGAGAUAACUGGGGAAACAGUUGGGGAGGUCCGACCAGUAGCCGACAUGCAUCAGAGGAAAGCGGAGAUGGCCCGCCAUUCAGACUGUUUCAUUGCCCUCCCAGGUGGAUAUGGAACAUUGGAAGAGCUCCUCGAAGUCAUAACCUGGGCCCAGCUCGGAAUCCACGACAAACCUGUGGGUCUACUUAAUGUUAAUGGCUACUACAACUCACUUCUCUCCUUCAUCGACAAGGCUGUGGACGAUGGCUUUAUCAUGCCGUCUCAACGUAGCAUCAUUGUCUCCGCCCCCAACGCCAAGGAGCUCAUUCAAAAGCUCGAGGAUUACGUGCCACUCCACAAUGGCGUAGUGGCAAAGGCCAAGUGGGAAGCGGAAGAGAUGGAGCUAAACGCUUCUCGACAGAUAGAAUUCUAUCGGUGAAAUCUUAGAGACGUCGAAAAAACUAAUUAAAACAAAAACAUUGCUUUUUUUCUCUCCCUCUCUCUCUUUAUUAUUCUAUUUUGAGGUUUUUGUUGAAACUUAGACGAAUUUGUACAGAGAAAUGAAAUUUUAAGUUGAAAUUAGAGAUUAUUGUGUAGAAAGAGAAAAAAAGAAAAAGAAAAAGGAAAAAAGAAAAUUCAUUGGAUGAGAGAGAUGUGUGGGGCCAGUGACGUUGGUGGUGACGUAAUGGUUGUACGGAUUGUGGAAUUCAAAAGGCCCAUAUCUACUGUGCAACCUAAGGUGAUGUUAACAUCCACGUAGUGAAAGAUGUGGCCUUUACCUUAUUAUCUAUCAUAUAAUAUAAUAUAUAUGAAUGUAUUUAAAAACAUUGAAGUGGUGGAAGUAUAUAAUUUGGAGGCUUGUGUG